CGAUUCACUCGCCCCACAGAUGGCAGAGUCAACUCAUAUAUCAAAUUCAAUUGGCCACAGCGGAGAACGCAGGGUGGCCGGUCGUCUUCCAUAUCAGCUGCCACGCAGCGCGGCAGUGAUGCCGAUGGUGAUGAUGACCAAAUCGAGGAGAUUCCUCGACCUUCAACUCAGUCAUCUUCGGCCCUGGUUGCUACUAGUCGCCACCACUCGAAUCAGCACUCAAAACAUCUAUCGUCCCAGAUUAUUGACAUGUUGUCGAAAUCGCAGAGGAGGUCUGACCGCUCGCUGUCUUUCUCAGACAGUGCAUCGCCCUCCGCAGAGUCAAACUAUUCAGUCACAUCCCCCUCUGCUCCGUCAUGGAGUCCUCACAGUUGGGCUAACCAUUCAUCGCCGAAAGGUCCUCCGAUGUUGCCGUCACAUUUUGGGAUGGUUUCCAAAAUGGACAAAAUAGAUAGGCAGCUUUGGGCAUUUUAUAUCAGGAAUUGGUGUCCUGGCCGAAGUAUUCUCGGCAAAACAAACUCCUGGCUGCAAGACUUUGCUCCCAUGGAGGGGAACAAUGGCGUGCUAUGUGCGAUGCAAAGCCUUGCCGGCAUUUAUGUCUACGACUACCAGCCGUUGGAGGACAUAAGUCGGCGCAUCAACCAUCGGUUUGCUCUAGCUGAGGCCCGUCUGAGUGAACUACUCUCCAAGAUGGAACUUACUGUUGCUGAAACGAGCGAAUUGAUCACUAUUUCUUCUAUUUUAUCGAUGCAAGACAUUGUCCUUACUGAACGCCGUCGCAAGCAACCACACAAUCCGCGUUGGCUUGAAGGGUUCAAGCAAAGUGAGCAUUUUCUUGAGCAAAUCGACGAAGGGUCGCGAUUCUGGUCAAAGUCCAAUGUCCAGCAGUCCUCCCUCCGCAUCUCUCAGUCCAUCAUUGUCGGCAGAGCCGUAGUGCUUUCGCAGCUCAUGGCGCCACUCAAGUCUCCCUCCGUCUUCGAUCCAGAGAAGGAGGCCGCUCGCUUUGGGUGGCUCCUCUACGGUAACAUGGAAGACAUGUAUGAGAUUCAUGGCGGGUGCGGCUUCUCAAAGAAACUGCUUCAUUCCAUGAGCCAGAUUUCAUACUGCGCUGCGCGGCUUUAUCAAGAUCCUGAAAGCACAAUCGCUCCGCUCACUGCCAAGUUUCUGCUCUCAGAGUUGCGUGAAAUGAGACAAUGGAGCAGCGCUCCCGACUCCGCACCAUGGGAAGAAGCCAAAUCUCUGCCGCAGACUAUUGAAAUGGUGCGUGCUGCUCCCGAAGGCUUUGUUAUCGAGAGUGCAUGUCACAUGACAGAAGUCACUGCGGAAGCUUGGAGAUUUGCAGCCAUUAUUUAUUUACAAUGCCGUGCUUUAAGAAUGCCUCGGAAUCACCCAGAAGUGCUGGGCGAUCUAUCUGACCUUGCCAAAUGUAUAAAUAUCAUGCCAACCUCAGGCUACAAUUUCACCGCCCAGGCACCUCUAUUUCCAGUCUUCCUUUUAGGAAUGCUUGCUACUGUUCCUGCGCACGUUUCUGUUGCACAGACCUGGUUUGAAAAGGUCACCAGCACGCCAGUGAGAAGUAGUGUGCCUCCGCUUUAUGACGCGUUGAAACGGAUCUGGAUGUGGAUUGAUGUUGAGCCCUCCCUAAAGCCUCCACCCAAAAGAAAGAGAGCAAAGUUAGAUGUCGAUGUCGGCAAAAGAUUUCCAUGGUGGGAGCAUCUAGUCAAACGCGUGCAGGAAAACGAGACCGAGAUACUAUGCUUAACCUGA